AUGUCGAGACGGUCGAACCGUUACAACCAGAACGUUCAAAAUUUGGUUAAAGGUGGUUGUUUAACCCUCAAGAAGAAAGGUGAAAGGAUCAAAAAGCCUCGUCGAAAGGUUGCCGAGAAGCCGGUUAGUACCCGGACUCCAGUCGACCUCAAAACAAGAAUGGAAAUAGCUAGAAAGAAUAGACAAAUUCAGAUUCAGAAAAAGGCCAUAAAAAGGGAAAGACAACGUCGCGCUAUGCUAUCGAGAUGGUCUGAGAUAAAGGCGCAGAACUUGAAAAGAAACAUCGAUUUACUGCAGCAGGUACUUUACGAUAUCGUAUUUUAAAACAUGCUAUAAUUCAGGCUUUAAGAGAUUCAGACAAGCUUCACCAAGAAUUGGAGCAAAAGUCAAAAGAAAAGGAUUCUGGGAUUAACAGAGUGAUUUCAAGGUUAAAUGCAUUAAUCGACAUAAAAUCCGAAAGUAGUGAAUAA